CAUGCUUCCUGGCUUCACUCACAUGCUCAGAGAGGGAAGAGCCAUAGAGUCUUAGAAGCAGCUCUGUCUAUUUUAAACCUCACCAGAUUGGAUUCAGGAUAUUCUUAUAUCUCUUGCGGCGAGUGACAGAUCGCAUGUACAUAGUAGAGUCAGAGCAGAGGUUGAUAUCUUUUCUUUCUUUCUUUUUUUUACUGUUUUACUGUGGAUUUUUGUCCAUCUGUAGGUGAGCGUGCGUGACACAGAGACAGAGAGAGAGUGUGUGUGCGCGUGUGUGAGAGUCUGCAUGUGUGUGUGAAGGAGAAAGAGGACCAGGAUGAUUGCGGCCCAGCUACUAGCAUAUUACUUCACUGAGCUCAAGGAUGACCAGGUUAAAAAGAUCGAUAAGUACCUGUACUCCAUGCGUUUCUCUGAUGAGACGUUACUGGACAUCAUGCAGCAGUUUCGGAGGGAGCUGGCCAAAGGAUUGGGUCGGGACACGAACCCCACCGCUGCACUGAAGAUGUUGCCAACAUUUGUGCGGUCAAUCCCUGAUGGCUCAGAGAAGGGAGACUUCAUUGCGCUGGAUCUGGGAGGCAGUAACUUCAGGAUCCUCCGCGUCAAAGUGAGCCAUGAGAAGAAACAGACCGUUCAGAUGGAGAGUCAAAUCUACGACACGCCAGAAGACAUCAUUCAUGGCAGUGGAACAAGACUGUUCGACCAUGUGGCAGAGUGUCUUGGUGACUUCAUGGAAAAACAGAACAUCAAAGACAAGAAACUCCCGGUGGGAUUCACCUUCUCCUUCCCCUGUCAGCAGACCAAACUGGAUGAGGGCUAUCUGAUAACAUGGACGAAGCGUUUCAAGGCCGGUGGAGUGGAGGGAAUGGACGUCGUCAAGCUGCUGAACAAAGCUAUAAAGAAACGAGGAGACUAUGAUGCAGACAUCAUGGCAGUCGUGAAUGACACCGUGGGAACGAUGAUGACCUGUGGUUUUGAUGACCAGCGCUGUGAAGUCGGCAUCAUCAUCGGUACGGGCACCAACGCGUGCUACAUGGAGGAGCUGCGUAACAUCGACCUGGUGGAGGGAGACGAGGGCAGGAUGUGUGUGAACACUGAGUGGGGAGCCUUCGGAGACGACGGCAGGCUGGAGGACAUCAGGACAGAGUUUGACAGAGAGAUAGACCGAGGCUCCAUCAACCCCGGCAAACAGCUAUUUGAGAAGAUGGUGAGUGGUAUGUACAUGGGGGAGCUGGUGCGUCUCAUCCUGGUGAAGAUGGCCCGAGAAGGCCUGGUGUUCGAGGGCAGGAUCACCCCUGAGCUGCUCACCAAGGGAAAAUUUGAGACCAAACACAUCUCAGCCAUAGAGAAGAGUAAGGAGGGGCUGUCCAAGGCCCGAGAGAUUUUAACCAGACUUGGUGUUGAACCCUCAACUGACGACUGCAUCGCUGUGCAGCAUGUUUGCACCAUUGUGUCUUUCCGCUCUGCCAACCUGAUAGCUGCCGCUCUAGCAGGCAUCCUGAUGAGGCUAAAGGAGAACAAAGGCGUGGCACGACUCCGAACCACUGUGGGCAUCGAUGGAUCGCUAUACAAGAUGCACCCACAGUAUGCCCGUCGUCUUCACAAGGCCGUGCGCCGUCUGGUGCCGGACACUGACGUUCGGUUCCUCCUAUCAGAGAGCGGCAGUGGAAAGGGAGCAGCCAUGGUGACGGCCGUGGCCUACAGACUCGCCGAGCACUCACGACAAAUUUCCCAAACUCUGUCUGAAUUCCGCCUGACGACUGAACAGCUGCUUGAGGUAAAGAAGCGAAUGAGGACAGAGAUCCAAAAUGGCCUUUCAAAGAGCACUCAGGACUCUGCUACUGUCAAAAUGCUGCCAACCUUCGUACAAAGCACUCCUGAUGGAUCAGAGAACGGUGACUUCCUGGCCUUGGAUUUAGGAGGAACCAACUUCAGAGUUCUGUUGGUCAAGAUCCGUUCUGGCAAGCGGAGAACAGUAGAGAUGCACAACAAGAUCUACGCCAUUCCUCUAGAAGUGAUGCAGGGCACAGGAGAGGAGUUGUUUGAUCACAUCGUGCAGUGCAUCAGUGACUUCCUGGACUACAUGGGGAUGAAGAACACUCGCCUUCCCCUGGGCUUCACCUUCUCCUUCCCCUGCCGACAGACCAGUCUGGACGCUGGCAUCCUGGUGACAUGGACCAAAGGCUUCAAGGCGACAGACUGCGAGGGAGAGGAUGUGGUGGGACUGCUGAGGGAGGCCAUUAAGAGGAGAGAGGAGUUUGACCUGGAUGUAGUGGCCAUAGUGAACGAUACAGUGGGAACCAUGAUGACCUGUGCCUAUGAAGAACCCACCUGCGAGAUUGGACUCAUCGCCGGCACCGGCAGUAACGCAUGUUACAUGGAGGAGAUGAGGAACAUCGAGAUGAUCGAGGGAGACGAGGGACAGAUGUGUGUCAACAUGGAGUGGGGGGCUUUCGGGGACAACGGGUGCCUUGAUGACAUUAGGACAGAGUACGACCGCGCUGUGGACGACUUCUCCCUCAAUCCAGGCAAACAAAGAUAUGAGAAAAUGUGCAGUGGCAUGUAUCUUGGCGAAAUUGUGCGGAACAUCCUGAUAGACAUGACCAAGAGAGGAUUCCUGUUCAGGGGACAGAUUUCAGAAACACUGAAGACUAGAGGCAUCUUUGAAACAAAGUUCCUUUCACAGAUAGAGAGUGACAGAUUGGCGUUGCUGCAGGUGAGAUCCAUCCUGCAGCACUUAGGCCUGGAUAGCACCUGCGAUGACAGUAUCAUAGUCAAAGAGGUGUGUGGGGCAGUGUCACAUCGUGCAGCUCAGCUGUGUGGGGCCGGAAUGGCGGCCGUGGUCGAUAAGAUCAGAGAGAACCGAGGACUGGACCAUCUGAACAUCACCGUAGGGGUGGACGGGACUCUCUACAAACUGCAUCCACAUUUCUCCAGGAUCAUGCACCAGACAGUAAAUGAACUGGCUCCUAAGUGUGACGUCAACUUCCUGCUGUCAGAGGACGGCAGUGGGAAAGGAGCGGCACUCAUCACAGCGGUGGGCUGCCGGCUGAGGCAGGAGCUGAACAACAAAUAGAAAGUGUCUCUCCACCACCUCUCUAGGUUCCCCUCCCCUCUGUUCUCCCCCCUUGUCUCCAUUUCUCCCAAAUCAGACCAAUCCAGUCGACGUAUCACGCUCUAGUAGCUGCUUUAGUCUGUCUCCAUGGCAGAGAGAGGGGAUAGCUUUUCUCUGCUGUAGCAUUGAGUCAGGCACUGUGUUGUAGUUAGAUCAUGUUUGAUUAACAAAUGUAACAACGCCCAGACUCUUAAGGGUUUUGUGAUUUCUGAGGUUAAACUUGUCGUAGAGAUAAAACGUGCAGAUUCGCCUCCUGUAAGUAUGUGCAGGGCAGAAACAGAGUCCACACACUCAUGUUAAUGCUCCCAUGAGCUGAACAUCAUCGCCACCUGGAGGAUCCCUCUGAUUACUGCAGUGUGUUACAGCAUAACGGGUGCAACAGCUGCUCUGCAGAGAAAAAAAAAACUUGGCAAGAUGUUCAGUUGAUGGAAGGAUAUAUAUAUAAAAAAACACUGUUUUAAAACCAAAGUCACAAAAGUGUGUCUGCUGUCUGCUUGUAGGUUACUGACUGUCUGUGCAACAAGACUUAAAAGGGAUACGAGGUGAUGUACAAAUGUGUGAUGACAUGAAAGGGAAAUAUUUUUUUCUUCGUCAAAGGUUUUUAAUAUCUUACCCAGAUAUAAUACAAUAUGUUAUACAUACAUUGUUGCUAUUUAUUAUAUUUUUAUAUUGGGAGAUGGUGAAAAAAAAUUGUUACGGCUGCAAUGACGAGGCACAAAAGAGGAAGCCAUCGAUGAAGAAGUCCCCUCAGACGGUUGUCUAUCCCGUUGGGACGCAGGGUUCAGUGAACUGUGUCGGGGCAGACGCGUGACAAGAGAGGGACUUCUACUGUGCUUGAUCUGCAGGGAAAGCCAUGCCACAUGCUUACUGAAUGUGCUCUAAUUUAUGACAACAAUCCUAUUCUACUCCAAUGUACUCUACUGUAAAAUAUGUCCAAAGAGCACUUGUAUUUUACUAAGUAGAAAUCCUUGUUGUUGGUACUGAUCACGGUUGUUUUUUGUCUUAAGAAGUGCUGGCUAUCCUCAUCAUCGUAAUGAGACUCACCAGUGACUUACACAACAGGAAUGUGGUGCUAACAUGGAUGCCAGUGGAACAACAAUGGCCAAACUGUGUUUUAAGGAGAAGGUGACUGUAGCUGAAGCUUUAAGGUUUUUUCUCGGUUACUCACUCACUGUGGAGGAGUGGUGUUUUAAGUGAACUACUGUUUGGCUUGUUCAAGUAACACGAAUCAUGCAUCAUGAUUUCGAUUAAUGAUACUCACCCAAAGACUGAUGGAUGUGUUCACUGGCAUUUUUAUCAUUACAGAGGCUGGCCUUUGUUUUGUUUUUUUUUGUAGACCCUAGAUCAUAAAGAGACAAAGGUUUUUAAAGUCACUGGCAGUUGGCGUUUGUUGUCCAAGGAUGGAUUACUGAGAUUAUAAAGUACAUUUGACUGCCAUCUUUGUUAACUGCAAUUUAAUUUGUGGGGACAGAUUAGCACAACCUGAAGCUAAACUGCCAGGAGCACAAGGGCCAGCCUCUUCCGCAGGUCCAAAGACGACCUGAUUUUUAGAUUGUCAACAACGUAGUGAUUCUGAAUGCCAGCCUCACAUCACACACACACACACUUUAAUCUCUUUGUUUUCUGAUCACCAAACCCAGACUGUACCUGUCCAACACUGUCAAUCAAUCAGUCACUAAAUAAAGACAAACCUGUCGAGCUCAA